CGACAAUCCACCACGUCCGAUAAGCACCCAUUCUGGAGAACAUGGCCAGCAUUCACACCAGGCCUUUCGGCAUUGCUUCGCUACGGAGAUGGUUGCUUCCUUGGAAACAAUGCCCCGAAGACAAAGAGUCAACCGACGCCAUCGAUAUUACCAAGACUGCCGAAUAUCACAAGAUUGUUGGAACUUCCCUGAUUGUCGACGGUUUGAAGGUGCUGAUAGCGAAUAAUGUUGAUCCAUCUACCGUCUAUUGGAGAUUCCUGAUGCCCUUGGACGACGCAGAGAAGUUCAGAUUGAUACAAGGCCAGUACACACGCGAUCGUGCAUGGACAGAACUCGUCCCAGCUAUUCCCGAUGAGUCCCCUGUUGUGACAGACGAGAUCAGUCUCAACUUCAAGGUCCAGUACAGGCUUCCCCCAAUUCCCCACGAUUGCGUUCCUCCAACACACUUCCGCCUCUUCGACCUGCCCCCUGAGCUCCGCGACAUGAUCUACGAAUUCCUCUUCACCUCGCUCUUCUCCUCAGGCGUGCUCUACCACCUCUUCCCCGUCACAGCCAGCUACAACCGCAAGCUCGACCCGAUUCCCAAAACCACCCUCGUCACCACGACCGCCUCCCUGCUCUCCGCCAGCCGCACCCUCUACAACGAAGCCGCCGCAAGCCUGUACAACGGCCGCACCCUGCGCUUGGGCAACCUCAACUCGCUCCUCGCCUUCCUCGACGCAUUCACGACGCCGAUUGAGUACAUCCGCGAGAUCAGCAUCUUGGCCGAAUUAUACGAUAUGGUAGUGCGCCGGCUGCCGGAGCUCGGCAUGCGGCUCGAAGACGCAGAAAAACUGAGACAGGUGCGGGUUGAGUAUCCAUAUAUGCAGAUUAUCAUGGAGGGCCAGGCGUUUAGGCGUCAUGCUGGGAACAUGGUGCGUCACUAUCUUAUGCUCCAGGUGUUCUGCACGGCGGGCUUGGACGCCACGCAGUGGGCGACUUUUGGGCCUCGUGUGCAAGUGGAGCAGGAUUUCUAUGGGAAUAUCAUAUUGGGAGGAGAGAUGGUUCUUGGGGAGGGUCAGGACUGGCUGAGUGCGGAGCUGUAUGACGCUUUGAGGUUCACGGUUCGGCCAUAUGCGUACUAGGGAAGAGCAAGUCGUUUGGGCGAUAGUGUAUCAUUGCGUAGUCUUUGUUGUUUGUGUGGGACUUUGUGUCCGUUUUCGUUGCUCUGUUGGCUUCUGAACUUGCUUGACUUGUAGAGUAGAC